CAUCGCGUAAUGUAAAGGACUCCAGUCGGGUCGCCGCGGCUCACUGAGAUAUGAGAGUUUCUCCCCGCGCGCGCUCACAGACCAGCCACGCGCUGCUUCUACAGCAGCUUCACAGCGCGAUACCAACCACUCGUCCGGGACAGAAGCAUUAAACCCCGAAUUAACAAACGAAGAGUGUUUAUUUCGUUGAUAUUCUCUGGGUCUGAGGACCAGAUUGGUUAACAAAUGCUGUUUUGAGGACAAUGGCCCCUAGCUGAAGGCAGUGACGUCAAAAGACUGAGAUGGAGUUAUCCUCAAUAGACGCCUCUGCUGCACUGGGUAUAUGGGGCAACAGCUCCAUUCCCAGUUUCCUCCUCAAUGAGACUAUUCUUAAUGACACCUGCCUCUUCAACACAUCAAACUGCACCAAUGCUACAGAAAAAGGCAACCGAUCAGGAACAAGCAUGGCUGGAAUCCUCAUCCCUCUUAUAUACAUAAUCGUCUGCAUCGUGGGCUUGGGAGGAAACUCUCUGGUCAUCCACAUUGUCCUGCAUUACUCAAAGACGGAGUCUGUGACUAACAUCUACAUCUUGAAUCUCGCUAUAGCUGAUGAGCUUUUCAUGUUGGGCCUUCCGUUCCUUGCUGUGCAGAAUGCCAUGCACUCGUGGCCCUUCGGAUCCUUCACGUGCAGGCUGGUAAUGACCGUAGAUGGCAUCAACCAGUUCACCAGCAUUUUCUGCCUCACCGUGAUGAGCAUCGAUCGCUACCUGGCUGUGGUUCACCCUAUCCGGUCUUCGAAGUGGAGGCGACCGCAAGUGGCCAAAGCAGUGAACGGAACGAUCUGGGCGGUCUCAUUUUUGGUAGUCCUGCCUGUGGUGAUUUUCGCCAACGUGCAACGAGAGGGAGGAAUCUGUAACAUUAUAUGGCCUGAGCCGACCAAAAUCUGGGGGGCGGCGUUUAUCAUCUACACAUCCACCGUUGGGUUUUUCUUUCCCUUGCUGGUCAUCUGCAUGUGCUACCUUCUUAUUGUAUUCAAAAUUCGUAGUUCAGGAAAGAAAGUUCACGCCACUUCAACCAAACGUCGCAAGUCGGAGCGAAAGGUCACACGGAUGGUGGUGAUAGUGGUGGCUGUGUUUGUUUUUUGCUGGAUGCCGUUUUAUGCCCUCAACAUCAUAAACCUGGUGGUGUCGCUGCGCGACGAGCCGCAAGGCCUGCAUCUUUUCGUGGUGGUGCUGUCUUACGCCAACAGCUGCGCCAACCCUAUCGUGUACGGCUUUCUCUCUGACAACUUCAAGCGCGGUUUCCGCAAGGCUCUGUGCCGCUCCUCGCGGAGGGUGGAAAACCACGAGCCCACAGAGCAGCAGCGUCAGGAAGAAAGAAGAAGGGUGCUGAUGCCCAGGGAAAGCCUGAGGAGAGCAGUGAGAGAAGAAGAAGAUGAGGAAGAAGAUGAGGACAGGGAGGAAGUGACAGAGAUGACGGAGAUCUGCAAGAUUACUCAGAACGGAAACGGAAGUGGACAACCCGAAAGCACCCGUGCGCUUUUCACAGAGAGACCCUCAGCUCCGGGGUUUGCCGAGACGGCUUCGCCAGGCAGGAGGGACAUGGACGGGGAAACCACUGGAAAAGUGGCAGGCUUUGGGCCUGCAGCAACCCUGCAGAACGGGGCUAAAAACGGUAACGUGAAAACACUGCCAGAGGAACCAGUGGAAAAAAACACCUCACUGGAGAUCAGCUACUUGUAGAAUAACUGGAUUUAUGUCAGCUGGAAGAACAGUAUUAUUGUAAAUGCAUCCCCUGAGGCUUCUUCAAAAGAGCCCUGUUAAAAUUUGUAGGUAUUUUCUCUCCUGGCUUCUUUGAAAUCCUGUUUCACUUUUUGAAUGUAUCAAGAAAUCUAUAUUCCAUAAACAGAUUUAAUACUAUGGACACUAUUAUAGUUUUGCAAACCGUCACAGUGGUUUUCACGUUAUUAGUCGAAUUUGCCAGACAAAACAUUUGUCAGCAGCAGCAUUCCACAGUGAAAGUACAAACGAUAUGUGAAGUCUUCAUGUGCCUUCUAAAUUUAUUUAGGGAGCUUUAAUCAAUUCAAUGAAUUUCAGGCUACGACUGGGCACCGGAUAAAUGAGAUCUGUAGCACAUUACUGUAAUAUGCGAUAAACUAAUUGAGAAGAUAAUCAUUUUGUACACAUGUAAACAAAGGUUAAUAAUUGCCUACAGGCAAUUUGUAAUUGAUAUAUUCCUAUGGUGGUUUGUAGUUUUCUGUAAAUGUCUUUUUAUGUACUUUUGCCUUACUUGUAAAGUAUUGUACGAUAAUAGAAAUGUGUUGUAGCAUCUGCAACUCAGUUGAAUGUACAAUUUAAGUUCUAAAUGCAGGUUUGGGCAGAACCUAAUGAUCUGGGUCCUGUAAAUCUUUUUUCCAAGUGUGUAAGCAGUCACCUAACAACAGCUUGCCUUUCCCUUACCCCAA